AUGGGUGAUAAUGUGUGGUGGCCAAAAGAAAUGAGAUCGAAUCCAAACAGGCGCAAUCGUGAUCACUGGUGCAAAUUUCACAACGAUCACGGGCAUAAAACGGUAGACUGUAGGUUGCUACAAGGGGAAGUUGAUCAUCUAUUAAAGCAAAGGUAUCUCACUGAAUCAUUCAGUGAGAGAGGUAAGCAAGCAUACAUGAAGAACAUGCAGGAGCCCCCUAAAGCAACUUCUCCCAAAUGGGCCAUUAAUGUUAUAAGCGGAGGUGAAGACAUUAAUGGCGUGACGUACACAUCGGCCAAUAAAGUUUCCAAAGUCACAAUUACCCACAGGAAACGGGUGCGACAUGUCUUAGAGGAAGAAAGUAUUACGUUUGUUGAUGCAGAUGCAGAUGACAUAUUAUCUCCACAUAACGAUGCACUG